AAUACGCAGCAAUAAACUCCAUGCUGGACCAGAUCAACUCCUGCUUGGAUCACCUGGAGGAGAAGAACGAUUAUCUACACGCCUGCUUGAAAGAACUGCUGGAGUCCAACCGCCAGACCCGCCUGGAGUUCCAGCAGCAGAGUGAGCAGCAGAACAUGGAAACCGAUGUGCAGGGAUCACAGCCUCCCGUCUAG